UGAGAGAAAGCGGCUUGUCAAAUUAGUCUUUUUUUAUCGCGAAUGUAAACAUGUAUUCAAAAAUCGUCAGUUUCCUUCGAUUAAGAGAGAAGUCCACGAGAUUGAUAAUUUUAAAAAAAAUUUUUCAUACUUAACGAUCUUCGAUUGUGUACGAUAGAUUUUGACAGGCUGAUUAUCUCUCGUUGUGAUCGAGCACGAAAGUUUUCAUCGCGUGACAUCGCGGAUCGCGAGACGCGACGACGGAAAAUUCCUUCUCGGAUCGAGAAAGAGCACGGAUAACGGAUUUUGUCUCCUUCGAUUUCACUCCUUCCUUUUUUUCUCCCUUCAUCUCGAGGAAUCUUGGCGCGGCAAACGACGCAGCGUAUUUUGCGGACGGACUCGCGGACGUGACGACGAAGGUCGCCAGUAGACACGUGGCACGCGCUACAUAUCUAUUUGGUCGUGUAUUGAUUCAUCACGCGCGUCCUCUGAGCGUACAUAUCGCCAUGUUGGAUACCGAACCGAUGACAAAUUCAAUCCGCCUCUCCGCACUAAUUUCGCAGGUCUUGUCUUACGGCACCGUGCUGCUCCGUGUACUCAAAUAGCAGUGGACUUACGGUAAUCGCUCACGUAAAUCUUGUUGUUUUUUUCACGCGAGAUAGCCCGAGUGACUGAAAGAAUCGUACCGAUGUCUCGUUAUGAUGUUACGUCACGAUUGAAACCUGUGUAUUGAAGAAUGCCACACGCUCUGUAUUGCGUCAUAUCGUAUCAUAAUCCAAAGCGGAAUUCGAAAUUGCGUUUCUGCAAUCGAGAAUUUAAUUUUGAUUUUUUAGAAAACGCAUAUGAAAACGCAUUGUUAAGUAUAUUCUAUUCUAUGUUGCACCUUUUACAUUGUGUUGUCUUUUUUCUUCAAUAUCUACAAAUAUUUCUAGAAAAUAUAGCUAUUUAAUUUUAAACAGAAAACAGAUAAAAAGUGCAACUGGGACAAAUCACUUAGAAAGAUAUUAGCGAGAGAAGAGUAUAAAACACGGAGAGAGCCCUGUGGAGCCAAUAAGCAGCUGCAGGGACGAGCAUGGCUUUGUGCCAACGGUUGGUCGCUGGGGCAACGAAUGGCCGAGUUGACUCGAGACGGCAGAGAUAUGGUGCCAGCCACAGGGGCAGGCACGCGGGCCCUGGAUCAGGGGUGUUCCGCUACCCCUGCCGGUUUGGGCCCAUUACGAGUCACCAGCCCUGACCGUUUCCACGGUCGAACAGUAUGAGGAAUUAGCAGGUAGCGUUGAACUUGAAACGCAACGCUUAUUGCGUGAGCAUCGUUAUGAUACUAUUGGUAAUUUCCUCAGGUUUUACAAGGACUAUACUGCAAGCGGAGAGAAAAUGUUGGAUCGAUUUUACCGAAAAUAUCAGCCUCUAAUAACACAUGAACACCAUACUUGCGUCGGUCUUGGAUUCGAAUUAUUACAUCGAUUAACAAAUUUGAACAAGCGAUUCCCAGGGAUAGCAAGUGGCCUCUACUUAGUAUCUUGUGAAGAAACGAUUGGUGAUAUCGCUGGAUAUGUCGGCGGUCCACCAGCGGCAGAUAGUGGUGAAAAGGAGCAUGUACUAGUGUGCCUGAAAAUCGAGAUUAGCGGACGUCGCGGGAUCAUGUUACUCGAUCCCGGUUACCACGUAGCGCGCGUUAUCACUGUGAUGGCCGAUAAGUUAUACCCUCAUACAGGCUGGUUCACGCAAUCCGAUGAACCAACUUGCAAAAAAGAGUACAACUACUGUCUGUGUGCUGACGAUCCUGAUUAUGUCGAAUGGCAUGAAAGAAAAACUCAACCUGGUGCCUUGGAGAGAAUGCAAGUCGCUCUCAUUUACGUGGCAAGGCCAUAUUUAACUGCCAUUGAUGUUACGGAACGUAGAAAUUUGGUUUAUAAUCGCAGAAGUCUCCUUGCCAGAGAUACUAAGGGUCAUGUUACUGCCGGCAUAUAUUUCUCUGUUAUACUAGACAUGAACAAUGCACAGACCUUCACAAUUUUUUAUCAGACUGGUAAUGGGAAGAAGCGAAUUAAAAUGGCAUUUAAUAAAUUUUGCGAUUCCUAUAAGAUAAGUCCUAACGCCGAGGAAAUGGAGAUAUUAAUGGAAUGUGCACGUCAACUUGAUAUUUCGCAAGAUUCUUUGAAGGAUAUGCUCUCUGCCCUAGCUGCAAUCAUGAACGAUUCGUCAUUUGUGGCGCAAUUAUUGGCUAUUAAUGCGAGAAUCAACACCUUAGCAGAGGCAAAUUAACAGACAAGGGUCACUCUACCCAAUAUUAGUAUCUAUACAACAUUAAUAUCUCAUUAUUUUCUUUUUAUCUUUUCGGUUACAUUCGUUUUCUCUAAUUCUUUAUAUUUUAUUAUUUCUGUUCUUCAAUAUGUAGUUGUAAUUUUUAUAUAUUUAUAAACAUACAAAAUGAGUCGUGUAGUUUUGUAAAGUACUUGUAAAGAGUAUUUUGCAGUAAUAAUAUUUUACUUUAAUAUUUUCAUACAUGGUAAUUUAAUAUUUUCAUACAUAGUAAUUUAAUAUUUUCAUACAUAGUAUUUUAUACAUACUAACCAGAUAAAUUAAUUAAAAUGUAAAGAAAACAAUCAUUUAAAUUAAUUAAAAAGAAACAAUUUCAUAUUACAGGUACAUUAUACAUUUGUGUAAAAAAAUAUCAAAUUACAUGUAAAAGUAUUAAUUGUUAAUACUACAAAAGAAUGUCUCGUUUAAAUUACACGACUCAAAUUUGUAUAACAUUGUUUUCAUACGAUGACUUAGACAAGAAUAUUUUCGGAAAUUUUGUUAUUAAUAUUGUAUUUUACAUAUGCAUUUCAAUGAAAACAUUAACAGAUAUGAUCAACAUGUUUAUAAAACACAUGUAUAUGAUUUUAAGUUCAAUAAUUUACCUUGUUUCAUCCAGAAUACAGGCAAAGCUAAUAAUCAUUUUAUGUUAAGAUAACAUAAAGGAUCUAAAAGGAUUGUUAAAUAUUUGUUUUUCUAUGUUUUACUACUUUAUUUUACAUCAAUAUACUAUAACUUUUAUAUGCUAUAUGCUUAUAUAUUAGCAUUCUACGCUAAUAUAAUAGAUCAGUGUGAUAAUAUUUUCAUUGAAUAAUGGAACUAAAGCAAAUUAUAGAUUACUAUAUAUUUAUGUAGGAAGGACUGCACUAUAAUUGUAUUGGUACAAGGGAUAUUUUUGUUUUGUCAUUUCUUUAGAAUAAUAUAUAUGUAUGUAUAUCUUUUAAUUGUGAACAGUGAAUUUGAUUUUAUUUGAAUAAAUGAUUUGAGAGAUGAGGUAUUGUUCGAUAAUA